UAUAGCCUACCGAACAGUGAAGAAAUCCACACCAAUCUUACAUGUAAGUUUAAAUUAUAAUGAGAUUCAGGUGUUCGACAUAAAGACUUGUGGACAUCAUAAUCAAUGUGCUUGCUUACACGGAGUACCGUCUUAAGAACAUUUCUGCGUACAAGAAAGACUGAUAGGCUACAAAUAACGGAUCUCUGUCGUUAUAAAAGUGAGAAACUUUCCCGCGAAAGGGAUGCUGUAUGCUCUAAGUCCUCUUUGGCAUUCUGAAGGAACUUGAUAUUAGUUUCUCACGCGGAUUGGACUUAUUUUCCGUCGCAGACUACUGGGGCAUUUUCUUAUGAUUAUCCUUCUCAUAAGCUUUUCACAUGCUUCAUAAAAAUGACAUUACUCGUUGAUGAUAAACUGUUUGCGCUACCCGUCUAAUGAGUGGCACACUGAACUACGGACUUUUAAACUCCCUAUUACACUCUGGAAAAAUCUAUGUAUUAAACCCAUAUAUACGGACCUUGAAGACUCUGGAACGGGAAAAUCACUUCAAAUACAUUUGGCUCUUCUAACCUGAAUCGAAAGAACAUAUAGCCGCCCAGAUGCAGUUUCGACUUUUCUCCUUUGCUUUAAUCGUGUUGAACUGUAUGGACUACAGCCACUGUCAGACUCAGUCGCAUCGCUGGAGAAGGAACAAAAGAGCUAGCUAUGUUUACCCAAUCUGCAAAGGCUGCUCAGUGUGUUCGAAGGACAACGGGUGUAUGACAUGCCAACCUAAGCUCUUCCUCUUCCUGCGGCGUGAGAGGAUGAGGCAGUAUGGAGAGUGCCUCCACGUCUGUCCCUCAGGCUACUACGGCACCCGGGGCCCCGAGAUCAACAUGUGCUCAAGGUGCAGGAUAGAGAACUGUGAGACCUGCUUCAGCAAAGAGCACUGCACAAAAUGCAAGCCUGGCUUUUACUUGCACAAAACCAGAUGCUUUGAGAAGUGUCCGGAGGGAUUUGCCCCUCUAGAUGACAGCAUGGAGUGUGGAGAGGGCUGUGAGGUGGGCCAGUGGAGCGAAUGGGGCACGUGCACCAGGAGAAACAAAACGUGCGGCUUCAAGUGGGGACUGGAGACCCGCACGAGGCAUAUUGUGAAGAAGCCCCCAAAGGACACGAUACCAUGCCCGACAAUUGCUGAGUCCAGGAGAUGCAAAAUGCCCAUGCGACACUGCAGAAGAGGAGGAUCAGGGAAGCACAAAUCCAAAGACCAGAAGAAGAAAUCCAACAAGCAGAGGCUGCGUUUCCGAGCCCAGAACCAGCACAGCGAGCAUCUGGCCUCCCUCAGGGCUGGCCACUAGAGACUGACACAUCCCACAGGACAAAGAUCACAAAGCUGCUAGCCGCUGCUGAACACACAUGUGUACACACACCAACACACAGACAAAUGCAGUCACACAUACACACACAUACACACACAUACACACA